AAUAUUGUAACGGGAUCCGGGCAUUAGUAAAUCUUUGAUCGGAGUUUCUACAUUUAAAACAGGGGAUAAUAGGAAGUCUCAGGUUUUUAAGCCAUGUCCAGAGUUUAUAGUGCCUGCCAACAUCAAGGGAAUUCCAGCUGCAAACAAGGGUGUUUCUCUAUGAGAAGUAUGAGUAAAGGUUGGAUAGGUAGAAUAGAACGUCUACCUCGAUGUAGGAGAGUGGAAUCGGAUUAGUCGAAGAUAUCAAUAAAUUUCCCAAUUUCCACUAUUUCUAAAUGUCAGCGAGUUAAUGCACAAGGUUGACGCAUGGCUUUUCCUCCUAGUCUUGCCAAAGCAGAAAUAACCUUUAAAGUUGUCAAACAUAAACUCAGCACUUUAGAGAUAUAAUUAUUAAUAGGCUGAACACCAAAAUCCCCAUGUAGGUCAACAAUCUCCAGACUAUCAUUAUUGAUCUAAAAAUAGGCAGGGCUAGGCAAAGAUCCAUCCAGUUACUCUUGUUCGCGGUAAGAGCAAACACUGAGUGGAAACUCUCACUUGUUUACUUCAACUCUUCAGAAAGCCAUGAAAACCUCAACAUCAAAAGUUAUAGUUAUUGCCAGGUUACUUGGUACUCUGGGGGUUAUAUUUUCUCUGUUGACUUUCUGCACCAAUUGCUGGCUGCUUGCUACCGAAACUUGUACUCAGUCAGAAAAUAUCACAGAAGUGGAUUUCGAACAGAGAGCUCAAAUUGCACUAAAACUGCAGCCAACUCCAAUACUGAAGCAAAUAAAUUACCAGCCACGUAAUCGAAGUGAGCAUGGUGGACCAUCUAAAGGACACAUUCAGAGACGGAGCAUUGCUGAAACGAUGAAAAAAAUCAAACAUUUUCCGGGAUCCUACAAUCUAUUCAAGAAAGCAUCUGGAAAGACGUUUCACUAUGAAGGUUUCUUCUGGAGUUGUACAAUGGAUGUACGGCAUGUUGAGGACAGUUUUUCAACAUACGUGUUUUUUGAACAUGCUCCUUCAAAAAGCUGUAUUGAAGCUUACCACCUCCCAUUUCCAACAAGACUGAACCUUAACAGCUCAGCUUAUGACUCUGCUACUGGUUUCCGUCAUUCAUGGAGUGUGCUGAUUGUGUUGUCUGUAUUCAGUAUCGGAAUUGGAUUUGGUCUCAUUGUUUAUGAAGCGUUCCAAGGGCGUGACACCUUGUAUCUUCUAGGUGGAGGAUUUUUUGUUUUGGCUGGUAUUUUGUCCACAUUUUCCAUUAUUACAUACAGCUUUUGGAUUCAAGCUCUGGUUGCUGGGGUGGACCAGAUCGCUGACCCACCUAAAUCAUGCUCACAUCCAAAUCUUAAAGUUCAGUUUGGUUGGUCUUUCAUGGCAGCUCCGGUUGGGAUAGUCUUUUCUUUACUUGCAGGUUUACUUUUCAUUCAUAUUGGGUGUGUUGCUCAAAAUAAAAAGAAGAGCAUAGAGUAUUCUUCGCCAAUGGAUAAAAUUGGUAAUGAGGAACUCUGAUUGUUUCAAUAACACAUCAUUUUCAUGCUGUGAUUUCUCUUUCCCCCAAUAUUUCUCCCAUUUUUCCAGUGGUAAUUUUGGGGUCAUGUGCCACCCUUUUGUCAUUCAGCACCAAUAUAAUUCUUUAUAUUUGAGUCUAGAUACAGUGUGAUAAUGGGUUAUUCUCCUGUGCUCAGCUGACAUCUGCACAAAUGUCAUUUUGCACAGUGAAUACUGACAGCAACUAGAUGUGACAACCUUGAAUCUUUUCCCCUGCACUGAUCCAGAAGCACCAAGGUAAACCAUGAUGUUUUAUACAGACAUCACUUUAUUCAACAUUGACUGUCACCUUGUUUGGAAUAUUUCAGUCUUGUGCAUUUCUCCAUUUGAGUUACAGGGGCUAGCUUCCCACUAAAUGUUAACUCCUUAACAAAUGAAAGUAAGAUGUAAGGUAAAAUAUAAUCGAUAUUUUCUGAAAAAGAAACUUAAUCAGUUGAAGAAAGAAAAUCAUGGCUUUGUGCUCUCUAUUUUCCAAUGUGCACCCUCAGCAGACCAGGUUUUGUAGCAGAAAUACAAGAAUGGAAAAUGCACUCAAUACCAUAUCGUAACACAACUUUAAUAUGAGUCUGUGAUAUCAGUCACUUUCGGCCCCUGUGUAAUUCAUAAUUGUGUUUCAGAAACAGAAACGAAUUUGCUCAAGGUUGUAAUGUUACCCUGAAGUACUGAUGAUGUUUCAUAAACUAGUGUCAGCUUGCUUUUGUAAAUGUAAAGAUAAAUUCACUAAUUCUGUAAUCUUAAUGGAAAGCCUCAUGUUAAAGGAGGUGAGAAUCUGCUCAGAAACAUUGUAGCUUAAUGUUUCUCAAUGGCUGUCUAGUAAGAGUGUGGGCAAUAUCGUAAAAGAUGAUCUGGGCCACAUACUUGCUAAAUGGUUCUGAAGAAUGUUUCACUCAAUAAUUUGAAAUUUCUACGUGAACAUUUUAACAAGUCAUGAAUCCAUUUAUUUCAGUUAGUACAUCCAUGUACAGUCAUAGGGAUGUACAGCAUAGACACAAACCCUUUCAUCCAACCCAUCCACGCUGACCAGAUAUCCUAAAUUAAUCUAGUCCCAUUUGCCGGUAUUUGGCCCAUAUCCCUCUAAACCCUUCCGAUUCAUAUACCCAUCUAGAUGACUUUCAAAUGUUGUAAUUGUCCUGACUUCCACCACCUCCCCUGGCAGCUCAGUCUAUACAUGCAUGAACCUCUGCAUAUAAAAGGCCCCUUAGGUCCCUUUAGAUUCUUUCCUCUUCAACCUUAAACCUAUGAUCCCUUGUUUUGGACCCCACUUCCCUGCAGAAAAGACAUUGGUUAUUCACCCUACACAUGAUUUUAUAAAGCUCUAUAAGGUCACCCCUUAGUCUCCGAUGCUCCAGGGAAAAUAGCCCCAGUCUAUAUAGGUUCUCCCUGUAGCUCAAACUCUCCAUUCUUAGCAACAUCCUUGUAAAUCUUUCCUGAAUCCUUUCAAGUUUCAUGACAUCUUUCCUAUAGCAGGGAGACCAAAAACAGUGAUCAGAGGGAUUUCUUAAGAGCAUGGUCAUAUGGUUGUUUCUAAUUUUGACCGUUGCCAUUUUCAUUAUUCAAUCUGUAUGAACCAUGUAAUACCUCGCAUAAUUGUCUUCAUUUCAAUAUUUAAGUGAUUAAUUUAGUUAUAGCAUUGUUUGGAUUUAGUCCUAUAUCCAUUUAAAUUAAUUAACUAGGACUAUCACAGUCAUGUUUAGUGAGAUAAACAAGGUGACGUUAAUCUGCACCAACAGUGCAAAUGAGCAGAUUGAUGCCUGAUUUUUCACCUGCUUGUUUUCAUUUUCUACUGAUUCCUAUGAACUUUAAAUUUCAAACCAAGUACGUUCAUCUAACAGUCUAGAAAGUGAGCUUCCAGAAACAGCUAAGAUAUGAAUUCUCAGUGGAAAGAAGAUUAGAUCUGAUGAAGACUUGCCAGAUGAUUCACUAUCAACCUGCUUCACACUGUUGGAGUAGACCAAUUUCACUCUCAGCCCAGAUAUUCCAAUCCAGAUUCAAUUGAAAGUGACACAUUUACCUUUAGAUAACCUACAGGCUGGAGGUUCCUGGCCAGGAACCUUCUAUUGCAAACCUCUCUAGGAAUCCCCAUUCACAAAUCUGGUGUCAGACUGGUGGGAUGUAAAGUCUUGGGGGCAGGUGUAUCCAAACAGUGCAGGAGUUCAGUUGGCCGGGCAUUGAGUAUCAGGUUUGCAGGGGUUAGACUGGCCAGUUGUGGGGGAAAUGGAAUUGGAUUCAGUGGGAGUCUGGCUGCUGGAUGGAGAUGACGGUGUUAGUGGUUUGGGAAGGAUGUGGUUGAGGGGGUCAGUUAAAUUGUUACUUAGGAGUUAGAGUGGGUUUUUAAUCCUCUAGCUUUUCCUGGGUAACUUAAUUUUAAGUCAGUUGGAUUCCUAUGGAUUCUCUGCCUUUAUUGGACUCUUUUGAAAGGUUCCUGGAGCGAGGAAUUGCCCACUGGAAAUUCUUUAGGGGUCUGUCAUGCUGAGGAUUCCUCAUUGUUCCAAUUGCAGCCUUCGCUGUCCCGAUGAUUCUCUGGCUAUCAGAAUAGGUGCACAAACGUCACAGUUUGAUAUGAAACGUAAUCACAGUCAGUUAGAUUGCUUGUUUGUGGAAAACGUGAAUACCAAACCAACAUUGGAAACGAUGCUUUCCUUAGUUGAUUUCUACGCUAUGUUGCAAAGAUCAAAAAGAAACAUCCUUAUUAAUCCAUUUCAUCUUGCUUUGCCCAUUCUGCAGUAUUUGAAGUUUUCAUGUGUUAUCCUGAAUAAUAAAGGACAGGUUUUGUGGUAUUUUGCACCUUAGGAGUGAAAACAAUUCCCCAACAAGUGGAAUGGUUUGGUGAUUUGUGAAUGGGGGACAACAAUGUUUUGCCAGCGCAUUUUAUUUAUUCUUUUUCUUACCAUAAAUAUUUCACAAAAUGCAAGCAAUGAAAUCUAACAUUGACUUCUGCUAGCCAGUUUAUAGCUUCCAUUUGUUUGUUCCAUUUUUUUAUUUGUGCCAUUCCUAGUAGCAGUUUCUUAGGUACAUUUUAUCCAUCUAUAUUAAUCUGAUUAAAUCCUAUUCAAGGCCUUGUCAGUUCUGAAAAACUUCAGUUAAUUCAUUGGACAGUGAAUGGGAGGAAUGUAUAAAAUGUAAUUAGGAACAUGAAAUUAUGAUUAAGUUUUAAUAUAGUGCAUAUGAAUUAAAAGCUCACGCAUUGUUCUAGAAACAUAGCCCAAAAUAUUUUGCCAUACAGGUUUCACAUAAAUCCAGCUGGUUCAGUCCCUGCCAGGAGCAGAGUGGCAGAGAAUCUUAGGGUAUGGAUAUCACCCACUGAUCGCAGAUAUAUGGUGGGAUCGUAUUUUGGUGCCAUCUGACAAGAGCAUCACAUUUGGAAUUGGGUGAAGGGACAAGGGUCUGCAACAAAGUGACAUAUUUACGUGAUUUGAAAUUUUGGGAAGAUUUUCCAAACCAAUGGAUGCAAUGUAAAUAAUCAGCAGCCAACUCACUAUCAGUACUUUUAGCACCGUUUGUGCAGAUCUAUAUCAUCGCUCUUAAUAAAAUUUGACAAAUCUUAAUCAUUGAGCCAGUAGGGGUAGCUUUAUGGGAAAUUGAAGUGCCAAACUAAUAAAGUAAAAGAUGCCCUUCUGAGUGUGCCUCUGGUGACUCGUCCUGGUGCACAAUGAAAUAAAAAAAAACUUAGCUGCUUUAGCCUCUUCCAAUCCUGGCCCCUCUUCAAGUUGUGCUCACCUGUUGGGAAAGCUACCAAGGCUUCAACAUUUUGACUAUCAGUCAGCCUCCACUAUCCCUGCAUGUGUAAAGAUCGAAUCUGCCAGCUUUGAAUGGGUGUCAUUUUUGCGUGCCCGGCAAGAUGCCUGAAAUUAAGAAUGGCUAUCUCCUGGCAGAGAAAUAAUCUAUGCAAAUUAGGAGUGCAAACCUCUCUGUUUGACAUUCUCAGACGAUUGAAAUUAAUCUGGGAGUUUAUUUUCUUCUUUGAAUUUGUUUCUUUGUUUACGUUUUGAACACAGUGAUCUUUGCCUCCACCCUUACUCGAAGGAAUAGAAAAUUGUUUGCAAUAAUAAUGUUUGUAAAAGUGGUUGGAGCAUUAUUAUAAUUAUAUCAACAAAUCUAAGAUAAUAGGCCAGGCAAGCAAAUAAAAACUUAGUAUGUGAAAAGAAAUCACUAGCUAUACAAAUGCUACUUCUUUCUUUUUUGAUUAUUCUGCCUAUCCUGUUGAUCUGCACCCAUUCUGUCUGGUCAAAGUCUGUACCCACCUCGAGUGCACUGCCUAGAGCACUGCACCAGGGAAUGUUGCCUAGAAUCUACUGGUCCAUUAAUGAACUGACUCUAAUCUCCACUGCUGAGAGAGAAAUAGAAAGUGGGACUGAACGGUAAAUUAGCUUUGUACAGGGACAUCUGGGGCUUGGUUCUGUGGAGUAGUGGGCUGGAGACUACAGUUACCCCUCAUGCUGGAAGAUCUCUGUUUGUAACAUGGAAUUGUCAACAAGGACAGGCAGCAAGGAAAAUUGUGAAAUGGAGCUGUAAGAGAAUAAAACUUGAAAAGUUGGCUUGUAACUCAGAGCAAGAAUGGCGGGAGACUAAUUAGCUCUAAUAUAAUAUACAAAAUAGCUGUAAAAAAAGUGGGCCCAGUUAGCUGUUGAAACAAUGACAGAGCCAGUAUUUUAUUCACAUUUGAAUUAACUGGGAAGCAAAGAAGCCAGAAGAACAUUGAAGGUUUCAGGUUGAUUUCUGUUAAUAAUGUGACCUGUAAUAUAUUAAAGGAUACUUGCUUACCACAAACCAACCAGACUUCAACAAAUAGACAACAGAGCACAGAUGCAGGUGAAAAGUAGACACAAUGCAACAUUUAAUUCUUCCUAAAUGGAUUUGUUGAGUGGGAUUCAUCAAGAUCUAAAAAUAUAACUUAAUUUAAUGUAAAGCUCAUUUGACACCAUUUUAUCCUAGUUUUCAAAAUAAAGAGUUAAUGUUUGAGAUAUUAAUUUUGUAUUUCCAAAAGUCAAGCAGAUAUUGUUUUGGUGCCACAAAUCAGCAUGGAAUUCACAAUCUCAAAUUAUUUCAUGGUAAGUUGUGGAGUGAAAUUCAAUAAAACUUUUUAUUUAUGGUCAGGCAUUAAAAUAACGACUACAUUUAAUAGCUGUGAUUCUGUUGAGAAAAUGUUAAUCAUUCAGUAAUAUCUUUCAGGGAAGGCAAGCCUGCUAGGAAUUCAAAAGUAAAUGAUUUGCAAAAGCACUAGUAAAAUAAUAAAAAGGUAUUAACAAUUUUUCCAUUUCCACUAAACUCACACAGACAGUAAUUUUUGAAGGAGAUGUCAUUUUAUAAAAUGUUUCCACUAUAAAUGAAAAGUUUCUGUAUCUACUUUUGUUGUGAAUUUAUGAAUUAAUUUGUUUAAGAAAAUUUUUGAAAUUUUAUUUAAAGAUUUACUUUGCUGUUUUAAGUAGCUUAGGACAUUUCUUUCACAUCAGGUCAUAUAAAUUGUGAGUUUGCACUUUUGUGUACUUUUUCACUUACUACCUGUUUGGUAGUUAUCACAAAUAUAUACAGAUUGCUGUUUAAGAUUUAAUUUCAGAAUAAAGACUGGAAAAAUA